AUGGCUCAGGAUGCUGUUGCACUUAAUGGACUAAAUGGCGACCGUCAUAGGCAGUUUCGUAGGUCUGUGAUACCGAUUCUUAUGUAUAAUCGGGAAGGUGAAAAUCCAAAUAAACCAAUUUCUGUUAUUUCGGGCAUAGUCACGGUCUCUGGUGGAGGGUUUUGCCACAUAAUAGCAUACAAGGGGUUACUUUUUCCCCCAGAGGCACACAAGUACAGAUAUGAAAUUGUUUUUCCCAAUGAUAUGAGGGUAGACCUUGAACACCUCGGCGUGGAAAGACAUGGUCUUUUGGCUGGUUUCUAUUGUCAUGUUCCUGUUGAAACUGUAGAUGCUGUCCACUUUGGUAUUCAAACUACGAGGAACCAAGAACUUAAGAUGUAUGGAUAUCAGGUUGAUAAUGUAUCAGGGCGAUUACAAAAUGAUCUAACUGAUGGCUAUCUGACUCAUGUAGAGGAACAAUAUCAAGAGUUCAGACAUGAUUGUACACCUUCAUUUUUUUCUCGAAGAGGAUCACCUGUUUUCAAUGAGCAAAGGCAACUCGUCGGUAUAUCUUUUAAGGAUAUUGGUGUAAAGCCUUGGAUAUUGGGUAUAUAA